GACUCCUUCCAGCUCUGGAUUCAGAGGGACUCGCUUCCCUUGGGCUCUGCAUGCACUUUUCCCUUUUUGCAUUACAACUACUAAGCUUGGUCGUUUUCUUUGCUACCUGUUCGACUUUGAAGACACAGUGAUGUCUUUCCAGACUGUUUAUUCGUCCUCCAAAGGGAGCAGAAGGGGCUACAGCUCAUGUUCUGCUAUUGGUGGCGGAGGAGGUAAACGUGGCUUUUCCUCAGGCAGGGGAUUUGGAGGUGGUGGUCUAAGUGGCCAAUAUGGAAGCAGAAGCCUCCAUAACUUAGGUGGAACUACAAGGAUUUCCUAUGGCCGGGGUUAUGGCGGAGGCAUCUGUGGUGGCUUUGGUGGUGGAGGAUUUGGUGGCUAUGGAGGUGGAGGAGCAGGUGGCUAUGGUGGUGGCUUUGGUAGUGGUGGUGGCUAUGGACGUAUUGGUGGUGGCAGUAUUGUUGGUGGUGGGAUAAGUGGAGGCUAUGGUGGCCUUAGUGGUGGAGGCUUUGGUGGAUAUGGAGGAGGACCUUUUGGUGGCCCUGGAGGCCAUUUUGGAGGACCUGGAAGUUUCGGCGGUGGGCCAGGAGGCAUCCGUGAUGUCCAAGUGGAUCCUAAUCUUCUGCGUCCAGUCCGUGUAGACAUUGAUCCACAGAUCCAGCAUGUAAAAAUUCAAGAGAAAGAACAGAUCAAGGUCCUCAACAAUGAAUUUGCUUCCUUCAUUGACAAGGUCCGAUUCCUAGAGCAGCAAAACAAAGUCCUGCAAACAAAAUGGCAGAUCUUACAACAGCAAUCACAAGGACUAGGCCCAAGGCCGAACCUGGAUGGUGCCUUUGAGAGUUUCCUCAAUAAUCUGAAGAGGCAAAUUGACGACAUCCGUAGCCGAAAGGCACAGAUGGAGCCAGAACUUCAGAGUAUGCAGCACUAUGUGGAAGAUUUCAAGAACAAGUAUGAAGAAGAGAUCAACAGGCGUACAACUGCUGAGAAUGAAUUUGUGGUGCUGAAAAAGGAUGUGGAUUGCGCCUAUAUGACCAAGUGUGACCUGGAAACUAAAGUCGGUGCUUUGGCAGAUCAGAUCAGAUUCCUGCGGGCCAUAUUUGAAGAGCAAUUGUCUCAGCUACAGACAGUGGGUCAUGACACCUCAAUAGUUGUGAGCAUGGAUAACAAUCGCCACCUUGACUUGGAAGGCAUAAUUGAUGAAGUCAGAAACCAGUAUGAAGAGAUUGCCCGCAGUAGCCGAGCAGAGGCUGAAGCCUGGUAUCAUACCCAGUAUGAAGCUCUGCAGAACACAGCUGGAAGAAAUGGGGACAGCCUACGUAACACCCGACAGGAGAUUCAAGAGCUGACCAGAGCCAUCCAAAGACUGCGCACUGAAAUUGAGCAUGCCAAGAAGCAGUGUGCUCAGCUGCAAUCAGCCAUCAGUGAAGCUGAAGAACGUGGCGAGUUAGCCUUACGGGAUGCUAAGCAAAAACUGGAAGAACUGGAAUGUGCUCUGCAGAAGGACAAGGCAGAAUUGGCUCGCCUCUUGAAAGAGUACCAAGAUCUGAUGAAUGUCAAACUUGCUUUGGACAUUGAGAUUGCCAUGUACAGGAAACUGCUGGAAGGAGAAGAGAGCAGAUUAUGUGGCCAAGGAUCCCAGGUUCACGUGUCUGUGAGGAGCAAUGUCCACCGAUAUGGUGGUGGUGGAAUUGGCGGCGGUGGAAUUGGAGUUGGAGGACUUGGAGGAGGAAUGGGAGCUGGUGGACUUGGAGGUGGAAUGGGAGCUGGCGGACUUGGAGGUGGAAUGGGAGUUGGUGGAAUGAGCGGUGGAAUGGGAGGCGGUGGAAUCUGCGGCGGAAUCGGCGGCGGAGGAAUUGGAGGUGGAAGCUGUGGCUAUGGAGGUGGAAGUGGAGGCUAUGGAGGUGGAAUUAUAAGCGGAGGAGGUGGAGGUAUCAUUAGCGGUGGUUCAGGAGGCUCUUACAGCGGAGGAGGCGGUGGAUACUCAAGUAGUUCAGGAGGUGGUUCCAGAACAACCAUAAGGAGAACCACCACAUCAUCCACCAAAUCUGGUGGAGGGUAUUAAGUGUCCCAGCAUGUCCCUGGAAAGGAGCUUCUCGUGGCAGCAGCACAACACCUUCAAUCCCAUCGUGGUAAUCCAGAAAAGAACAAACUGUGUCCUCUUUCGAUUCCCCAAAGGAAACCUGCAAUAAGGCACCACCUUCCAUCUUGCUUCUGUUGCUUGUUGCUUAAAACAUGACCAAUGGAGGAAUGUUGUCAGUAGAGAAUGGUAAUAAAAUGAGCAGAUGUCAUUUAUGAUACCAGCUAGAAGAGAUUUGAUUAAGAUCAUGCAUAUGGCGGUGCCUCGUUCAAUAUGCUGUAUAUUUUUGGCUUUGGGGGGGAGUGGCUAUCAGAUGGCAAUAUGUAUAAAAAUGAUCUUUCCUUCUCUUUCUUGAGGCUUCUUCUUCCAAUAGUUUGUUCUCUUUGGGUGCUGCUGUGGUUUCAUGUGUCACCGAAAAUAUCAUUGGGCUUCCAUUGUAUUUUUCUGUGAUUGUUUGGACAAGUCAAAAUGGAAUUACUGGGUUAGAAUUACUCUUAUUUGCUUGAAAUUAUCUAGGUAACUAGAUAAUUUUUUUUAUAAUGAAAGGCGCGAGCUUUUCUCUGUUCACUAGAGGAGUGUAACAUGGUUCUGCAGAAGAAUACCAAAUAAUAUUUACAUCAUUUGGAAAGCCAUUUUUUCAUAAAAACAGAGGUCAUGAAAAAAAAAACAUUCUUAUGCCAAUUCCAGUUCUUAUGCACCUGUCUUUAUUUCUCAUGGUCUGUUUCCAUUUCUUUGGAAGUGGCCAUUCUCAAUAAACUGCAGUCAAAUCA